GCCGCCACGGCCGCGGCUCAGCCGAGCUUCCCGGAUCUGAGCCCAGACGGCGGCGGCUGGGGCAGCCUGGGCGCCGCGACCCUCUGCGGCCACAGGGGGACGGGGAGGAGGAGGAAGAGGCGGAGGCAGCGGCGGCAGCCGCGAGGAGGAGGAGGAGGGUUCGAUCGUCUGUUCCGACGCAGACAUGGUGGACUGAUCCCCGGCGGGGCCGAGAACAAGGUUUCCUGAGGCGCCCCCCGCGCGUGGCCCCGCCGCGCCCUGCACCCCGCAGCCCCUCGCCGGCACACGGGUCCGGUGCGGCGGCCGGGCCGGGCAGUAGCCUUCCCGCCGCGUCCCGCGCCCGGUCCCUAUGGAGGCGCCGCUCGCCGGCGAGGCCGCCGACCAUGCCUAGGAGGGCCGGGAGCGGGCAGCUGCCGCUACCCCGGGGCUGGGAGGAGGCCAGGGACUACGACGGCAAGGUUUUCUACAUCGACCACAACACCCGGAGGACCAGCUGGAUCGACCCCCGGGACAGGUUAACGAAGCCCUUGUCAUUUGCUGAUUGUGUUGGCGAUGAGCUUCCGUGGGGAUGGGAAGCCGGUUUUGACCCUCAGAUUGGUGUCUACUACAUCGAUCACAUAAACAAAACCACACAGAUUGAAGAUCCAAGAAAACAAUGGAGGGGGGAGCAGGAGAAAAUGCUCAAGGACUAUCUGUCAGUGGCCCAGGAGGCUCUCAGAACGCAGAAGGAGCUGUACCAUGUGAAAGAGCAAAGACUGGCGCUGGCCCUGGACGAAUACGUCCGCUUGAAUGAUGCCUACAAGGAAAAGUCGAGCUCUCGUACCAGCUUAUUCUCAGGAUCUUCAUCCAGUACUAAAUAUGACCCUGAUAUUUUAAAAGCUGAGAUCUCCACUACGCGAUUAAGGGUUAAAAAGCUGAAGCGAGAGCUCUCACAGAUGAAGCAAGAAUUGCUCUAUAAAGAACAAGGCUUUGCAACCUUGAAACAAAUUGAUAAAAAAAUGUCUGGAGGCCAGAGUGGCUAUGAACUUAGUGAAGCCAAAGCCAUUCUAACUGAGCUGAAAUCCAUCAGAAAGGCUAUUAGCUCAGGAGAAAAAGAAAAACAGGAUCUGAUGCAGAGCCUUGCUAAGCUGCAGGAGCGGUUUCAUUUGGACCAGAGCACUGGCACAUCUGAGCCAGACUUGAGAUCCAGUCCUGUGAACUCCCAUUUAUCUCUCUCUAGACAGACCCUGGAUGCUGGGUCACAGACAAGCAUUUCCGGAGAUAUCGGAGUGAGAAGCAGAUCAAAUUUAGCUGAAAAGGUCAGGCUGAGCCUCCAGUACGAAGAAGCCAAAAGAAGUAUGGCCAAUUUGAAGAUUGAACUGUCGAAACUGGACAGUGAGGCCUGGCCCGGGGCGCUGGACAUUGAGAAGGAGAAGCUGAUGCUGAUCAAUGAAAAAGAAGAACUUCUGAAGGAGCUUCAGUUCGUCACUCCACAGAGGCGCACGCAAGAUGAGUUGGAGAGCCUGGAUGCCGAGAGGCAGCGGCUAGAGGAGGAGCUGCUGUCAGUGCGGGGGGCGCCCAGCAGGGCCCUGGCCGAGAGAUUGAAAUUGGAAGAGAGAAGAAAAGAACUGCUACAGAAACUUGAAGAAACUACUAAGUUAACUACAUAUUUGCAUUCACAACUUAAAAACCUCUCGGCCAGUACCCUGUCCAUGUCUUCCGGGAGCAGCCUGGGCUCCCUGGCCUCCAGCCGAGGGUCUCUGAACACGUCCAGCAGAGGGUCGCUCAAUUCCCUCAGUUCCAGCGAGCUCUACUACACGGGUCAGGGUGACCAGCUAGACGUGGAUUAUCAGUACAAACUGGACUUCCUCCUGCAGGAGAAAGGUGGUUACAUCCCCUCCGGACCUAUCACCACCAUCCACGAACACGAAGUGGUCAAGUCCCCCAGCCAGCCCGGCCAGAGCGGGCCCUGCGGGGCAGUGGCCGCAGCCACAGGCCACGCUCCCCCCGUGAGCGAGGCCCCCAAGUCCGUGGCGUCCCUGUCCUCCAGGUCCUCCCUGUCGUCCUUGUCCCCUCCCGGUUCGCCCCUGGUCUUGGAAGGCACGUUCCCCAUGUCUUCCCACGACGUCCCUCUACAUCAGUUCGCCGCAGACUUUGAGGACUGUGAAUUGAGCAGCCGUUUCGCAGACCUGGGCCUGGGAGAGAAUCAGCUUUUGCUGGACUCCGACUCGGGGGGAGUGCCCCAGUCUCUCUCAGAGGAGAAGAGCCUCGCCGAAUGUGCUCGGGAGCCACUGUUUGAAGGGCCUGCAGACAUGGAAAAAUCAUUACCCAAAAGAAGAGGAAUCCACCUGCUUGGGGAGAAAACCACCUGCGUGUCAGCCGCCGUGUCGGAUGAGUCUGUGGCUGGAGACAGCGGGGUCUACGAGGCUUUCGUGAAACAGCCCAGCGAAGUCGAAGACGUUCCGUUCGGUGAAGAGGAUGUGGCCAUCGUGGAGACGGCCCAGGUGCAGAUUGGACUCAGAUACGAUGCAAAAAGUUCAAGUUUCUUGGUGAUUAUAGCACAACUCCGAAAUCUUCAUGUCUUCCUGAUACCUCACACUUCCAAAGUAUAUUUUAGGGUUGCUCUACUUCCCUCCUCAACUGAUGUCAGCUGUCUAUUUCGAACGAAAGUCCAUCCAGCCAUGGAGUCCAUGUUGUUCAAUGACCCAUUCAGAGUGGCCAUCUCCCAGACAGCCCUGCAGCAGAAGACUCUGAGAGUGGACCUGUGCUCUGUCAGUAGACACCGAAGGGAGGAGUGCCUGGCUGGAACUCAGAUCAGCCUGGCAGAUUUACCUUUUUCCAACGAGAUUUUCACUCUGUGGUAUAACUUGCUUCCUUCAAAGCAAAUGCCCUGCAAAAAGAAUGAAGAAGAAACCGAGGAUUCUGUAUUUCAACCAAGCAAGCCAUUAGUCGAUUCUAUAGACUUGGAUGCAGUGUCAGCCUUACUCGCAAGAACAUCAGCUGAGCUAUUGGCUGUGGAAAAAGAAUUAGCACAAGAAGAAGACCCAGGGCAAGAAGAAGAGCAAAGAGGUCCAGAUGGAGAUUGGUUAACCAUGCUAAGAGAGGCCUCUGAUGAAAUUGCGGCUGAGGAAGGGGCUGAAGAUAAGUUGGCUGAGGGCAAUCACUGUGCAGAAGACUUAAGCUCAUGCCUGAGUGUGCCGGAAGUGAAUGAGGACAUGAGUAGGAAAAGCAACAGCUGUGCCAAUGACCUUGGGAGUCAGCCUCCCUCUGGAGUACCUGCCCUGGUUGAUAAAGAGACAAACACGGACGAGGCAGGCAGUGCCAGUGUGGCAGUUCGCCCCAAAGACCGCAGCGGUCUGAGCGCCCGACAGCGUCCCUUCGUGAGGAGCAGCGUGAUUGUUCGCUCGCAGACCUUCUCCCCUGGGGAGCGGAGCCAGUACGUCUGCAGGUUAAAUCGAAGUGACAGUGACAGUUCCACCCUGGCUAAGAAAUCACUGUUCGUAAGAAAUUCCACCGAACGGCGAAGUUUGAGAGUGAAAAGGACAGUGUGCCAGCCGGUCCUCAGAAGGGCAGCGCCAGAAUGCCCAGUGCGAACCUCCCUGGACUUGGAGCUGGACCUCCAGGCCUCUCUGACCCGGCAGAGCCGCCUCAAUGACGAGCUGCAGGCCCUGCGGGGCUUGAGGCAGAAGCUCGAGGCCCUGAAGGCCCAGGGCGAGACCGACCUUCCGCCAGGCGUGCUGGAGGACGAGGGAUUCCAGAAGCUGCUGAGGCAGGCCGAGAAGCAGGCUGAACAGUCAAAAGAAGAGCAGAAGCAGGAUUUGAAUGCAGAGAAGUUGAUGAGGCAGGUCUCCAAGGACGUGUGUCGGCUCCGUGAGCAGAGCCGGAAGGUGCCCCGGCAGGUUCAGUCCUUCAGGGAAAAGAUCGCCUACUUCACCAGAGCGAAGAUAAGCAUCCCGUCCCUGCCGGCUGAUGACGUGUGAUUACAGCACCGACGAAGUCCUUUCUUUACCACUGCAUUUCUUAGCAAGGGCAAAAGACUGAACAUUUGUCUUGUUUGGGGUUUUGGGGUGUUUUUUUUUUUUUGUAAUAUAUCUAUCAACUCUUAAAGAGCUU